CACAAAAAGUAGUGAACACAAGGACAACGACUGCGACUAUCAAGAGCGAUGAGCAGCUUCCGCCGGGCUGGGGCUGCGCGCCAGGCACGCAAGCCACCACCAGCGACCAAGCCGUCGCUUGCGAAUGGCCAGUUGCUCACCUCCACCGGCAUGGACGCCAUCGACCACCUCCUUGGCGGUGGUGUCGCAGUUGGCUCCGUCUUCCUCAUCGAGGCGCAAGCCAAAAGCCCGUACGCAGACGUGGUGCUCAAGUACUUUCUGAGCCAGGGCAUCUGCCACAACCACCAUGUGACCCUCAUGUCCGCCGAUACAGACCCAUCCAAGUUCCUCAAGUCAUGCCCGCGCAGUGUAGAUACGCUCAACAUCCCGGAAUCUGCGUCUGUGGAGAAGCCGGAGAAGGACAUGAAGAUUGCGUGGAGAUACAAGAACCUCCCCAAGGUUUCGUCUGUCGUUGGCACAGCGUCACGCACGACCUUCAGCACCAAAUUCUGCCACACAUUCAACCUCAGCCAGCAGGUUGAAGAGAAGGACUUGAGCAACGAUACCAUUCACACCGCAGACCUGAGAAUAUCCAAAUCCGGUAACACGUUUGCGGACGCGAUGCAGCUCAUAUUGGAGGCCGUGGAGCCGUUUCGCAUGGUGCCGCAGCCGGGUCCGCUUGUCUCCGCUGCUGUGCACCGCAUCGGUGUACACCGCCUUGGAUCGAGCGCGUGGGACUUGGGGGCAACAGAUAAGGAUGACGAUGGCGGUGGCGGUUAUAAUGAUGACCAGUACAGCGUUGAGGAGCGAGUGCAGGCCGCGUGCGCCUUCUUGCACCAGCUCAGAGGCAUUGCGCGACGGUCGUGUGCGGUUGUGUUUGUGACGGUGCCAUCAUCGCUGCUGUCAUCGUCACCGCACCACCGCCACCGCAUCCAUCUCCUUGCAGACGCGGUUGUGCGCAUGGAAGGGUUUGCCGGCACCUCCAACGAGCACCAUCCAGCGCUCAAGGAAUACCACGGCUUCUUCAAGGUGCUGCGUAUGCCACAACUGAACUCUCUCGUGGCAGCGACGCCGGAUACAGCCGACCUCGUCUUCAAGCUAAAGAAGAAGCAGUUUGUCAUCGAGAAGUUCCACUUGCCGCCCGAGCUGUCGGAUAUGCCGUCGCGACCGCAGGAAGACGCACCCGUCACGCCAUCGUCAUCAUCGUCGUCGUCGUCGUCGUCGUCAUCGUCAUCGCAGGACAGGCGGCGCAGGGUAAAGGAGAGGGGCGCAGCAAGCCAGCAGCAGCAGCAGAAGAGGCACCCAGGGAGCAUGUGCCAGCCAAACCCAACGAAGAACAACCCAUACGACUUCUAACCGCGUGGUCGUGUCACAUCAUGUGCAUGUUCUCGUGUGCGUGUGCGUGUGCGUGUGC